GUAUAAAGCAGAGCGGCGUCGGGGCGAGAGGGUUGAGACGAGCCCAGGGCCGGGACAGGGAGCUGGAAGGAGGCGAGCGCCCGCCCUGUCUCCGCGACCCGUCGCCCCCAGACGGUGCGGGGGGCGGAGGGGGCAGUGAGGAUGGCACCCGGAACGGAUGGCCCUAUGCUGCUGAGGAUGCCGUUGCUGCUGCUGCUGCUGCUGCCAGGGUGGUUCCUGCCUCCCAGUGAGGGGUCCCAGAGAGCCGAGCCCAUGUUUACUGCAGUCACCAAUUCUGUCCUACCGCCCGACUAUGACAGCAACCCUACCCAGCUCAACUACGGUGUGGCCGUCACCGAUGUAGACCACGAUGGGGACUUUGAGAUCGUGGUGGCAGGGUAUAAUGGCCCCAAUCUGGUCUUGAAGUAUGACCGAGCUCAGCAGCGCCUGGUGAACAUUGCAGUGGAUGAAAGAAGCUCCCCCUACUAUGCGCUCCGGGACCGGCAGGGGAACGCCAUUGGGGUCACUGCCUGUGACAUUGAUGGGGAUGGCCAGGAGGAAAUCUACUUCCUUAACACCAACAAUGCCUUCUCAGGGGUUGCCACUUACACGGACAAGCUGUUCAAGUUCCGGAACGGCCGCUGGGAGGACAUCCUGAGUGACGAGGUCAACGUCCGCCGUGGGGUGGCCAGCCGUUUUGCCGGCCGCUCGGUGGCCUGUGUGGACAGGACGGGCUCUGGUCGCUACUCCAUUUACAUAGCCAAUUACGCCAAUGGCAAUGUGGGCCCAGACGCCCUCAUUGAAAUGGAUCCAGAGGCCAGCGAUCUCUCCAGGGGCAUUCUGGCUCUCAGUGAUGUGGCUGCUGAAGCCGGGGUCAGCAAAUACACAGGGGGCCGAGGAGUCAGUGUGGGGCCCAUCCUCAGCAGCAGUGCCUCUGACAUCUUCUGUGAUAACGAGAAUGGACCCAACUUCCUCUUCCACAACCAGGGGGAUGGCACCUUCAUCGACGUGGCAGCCAGCACCGGUGUGGAUGACCCACAGCAACAUGGGCGUGGCAUAGCCCUAGCAGACUUCAACAGAGAUGGCAAGGUGGAUAUUGUUUAUGGCAAUUGGAACGGCCCCCACCGCCUGUAUCUGCAGAUGAGCACUCAUGGGAAGGUCCGCUUCCGGGACAUUGCCACUCCCAAGUUCUCCAUGCCAUCCCCGGUCCGCACGGUCAUCGCUGCUGACUUUGAUAACGACCAAGAGCUGGAGGUUUUCUUCAACAACAUUGCCUAUCGAGGCUCGUCUGCCAACCGUCUCUUCAGGGUCAUCCGCAGGGAGCAUGCUGACCCCCUCAUCGAAGAGCUCAAUCCUGGAGAUGCCCUGGAGCCUGAGGGUCGGGGCACAGGGGGUGUGGUGACAGACUUUGAUGGAGAUGGAAUGCUGGAUUUGAUCUUGUCUCAUGGAGAGUCCAUGGCACAGCCUCUGUCCGUGUUCCGGGGGAACCAGGGAUCCAAAAACAACUGGCUUCGUGUGGUGCCCCGGACCCGGUUCGGAGCCUUUGCCAGGGGCGCCAAGGUGGUGCUUUACACCAAGAAGAGUGGGGCUCACCUGAGGAUCAUUGAUGGCGGCUCGGGCUACCUGUGUGAGAUGGAACCUGUGGCACACUUCGGCUUGGGACAGGACGAGGCCAGCAGCGUGGAGGUGACGUGGCCAGAUGGUAGGGUUGUGAGCCGAGGGGUAGCUAGCAACGAGACUAACUCUGUGCUGGAGAUCCCCUAUCCCCAAGAAGAAGAUGGGCCGCUCAAAUCAGCAACACUAGAGUGCGGCCAAGGAUUCUCCCAGCAAGACAAUGGACGGUGCAUGGACACUGAUGAGUGUAUCCAGUUCCCAUUUGUGUGUCCCCGAGACAAGCCAGUCUGCGUCAACACCUACGGAAGCUACCGAUGUCGGACGAACAAAAGGUGCAGCCGGGGCUAUGAGCCCAAUGAGGAUGGCACAGCUUGUGUGGCUCAAGUGGCCUUUCUAGGUGGAUACCCUUCGGCCGCCAUCACAAUCUCUGAGUCUCCCUCUCAGGCCUCCUUUCUUUUUCUAGGCCUUGGACUUUGCCUACAGUUAUAUGCACUUUAAUUCCCGUCAAUAAAGAAAGACUAACAACCUUUGUGGAACUGAAUCUCUCUCCCUCUGCCUGUUUCUCUCUCCACCCCCGUAGAUUCUGCAGUGUUCCCUCAGAGUCAUUGAAUGGACAGCAGAGUAGCCAUCUUUGAAAAGGGAAAGGGAAGUUACUGAUAUUUUUGUAAACAGAGUUGUUUGUGAAUCCUUUCUUUGCAUGUUUUCUGAGAAAACAGAAAGGGAAAUUUCUCCCUCCCUCCCUUCCAAAACAGCCACGACAGUCCUAGUUCAUCUGUAUCAGUCUGUGUUGUAACCUUUCUCUUGUUUAUUAUUUUGCCCUUAGCAAAGAUGGCUCCCAGGUGGUUGCUUGCUUCAUUAUAAUGUAUCAUGUGCCUGCUGGUUUGGCCUGUGCUGUUUCUUCUUUGCCCACCCUGACUCCCUGGAAUGGAGAACACCUUCUUGAGGGGAUGGUGCUGGUGGAGGUGGUGAUAGUGGCAAUGAGAGUGGGGGGAGGGGGGGAUAGGGUUUCUUGAUGAAAAUGUUAAAAUUUUAAUCUGCUAAGUCUUCCAGCCCCUCCCUCAGAGAACUUAUGCCAAUAAACUGUAUGCUGGAUAUUA